UUCUGUUUUCUGUUUGGCUUCCGGGAAACCAAAUGGAAAAAAAUAUUGAAAGGCUAGCUGCUCCAGAUAGACUUGGUUUAUACAACGGGUCACUCCAAUUACUUCAUUUAGAUGCAAACUUUAUGUGAAAGAAAUCGGAAAAUGAAGUUGUUUCGGUUUUGCUUGCUGGCAGCCUUUGCAUAAAUGAACUAUUUGGUCAAAGAAAAAGCAUAAUGGAGAGCAAAUAUAAUCGAGGGAUAGAUUCAGAUGAAAGCAUGAAGUGUUCGGAAGUUGAGAACUUUGAUGAGCAGGAACUGGUCGAUCAUGAACUUUCAGACAACAUUGAUUUGUGCUUGGGAAAAGUCGACAAGAUUAUAGAUGAGUCUACUGAGAGUUUACCUUUGUUAGGCAAUGUCGCAGAACCGUAUAUUGGCAUGGAGUUUCAGUCAAGAGAUAGCGCAAAGGAAUUCUAUGUUGCUUAUGGGAGACAAGUUGGUUUUACAGUGCGAAUCCAUCAUAAUCGACGUUCAAGGAUAAACAAUACGGUAAUAGGUCAAGACUUUGUUUGCUCAAAAGAAGGUUUCCGUGAAAAGAAAUAUAUGUAUAGGAAAGACAGGGUUGUACCUCCACCACUAAUCACUCGAGAAGGUUGCCCUGCAAUGCUGAGGUUGGCUUUAAGGGAUGGGGUAAAAUGGGUUGUUACCAAAUUUGUCAAGGAGCAUAAUCACUCAUUGAUGUCACCUGGAAAAGUACCAUGGCGAGGUUCUGCAAAAAAUUUGAUCAGUGAGGAUGAGAAGGAUCGGAGAAUACAGGAACUAACCCAAGAACCGAACAAUGAGAAACAAAAAUGUAAACGAUGAUGUGCUGCUUACCAGGAACAAUUACGCACAAGAUUGAAAUUUGUUGAGGAGCAUACCGAUCAAUUCUCAAGAAGGGUUCAAGACAUUGUCGACAACAUAAAAGAGCUUGAAGAAGCAUAGCUGGGAGAUUGAGGUUCUCUUUAUUCUAUCUUCUCGCGAGGCCUAAAAAUGUACGGUACAUUGUACGAUUCCUUUGUCACCCUUGUUUGGAUAUAUCCGUGAUUUUAUUGAUGAAAAAAGCAGUUAAUUUGGAUCA